AUGGUAAAUACCCUGAAUGUGUUCCUGUCGUGUCCAGACCUCCUGACCUUCGACCUCUUCUCGACCCACCCCUCCCUCUCCCUGACAGAUGGCAGUCGGGUCGUGGUCCGGUCCGAGCGGUUGAACCUGUAUCCAGAGCACGAGGAGCACUUCGACUGCUCAGGUCCUCAGCCACCAGCGGGUCAGGAGCCGAGGAUUCUGGGAGUGGGAGUGGGAGGGGCCUCAGGUGGCGCUGGGCGUGUGCUACCACAGUAUGGACAGGAAGGCUGCAGCCAAUCACAGAGCAGCACACUGAAGCGCACGCUUACAAACCACUGCUUAGUCAAGAGUCCCUAA